AUAUAAGUUUUGUAAAAUGCUUGUGGAGAGAAGACUUCCACUUUUGGAAUAGCUGGUAUCAGACAAAUCCUCCUACUGAGAACAACUGAGUAGAAAUAAAAACUGCAUGAGAUAACAGCCACGCUAUCUAGUCCCUGAGAGAAGGAAAAUCAGUGAAACUUGGCAUGCAAUUUCCCUCCAAUCAUUUGUCAAGUUGUUGAGAAUGAGCAGCAUGCCAAGAAUUAGGCUGAAAAACCAAGAGUAGAUUUUGGCAGUUUUACAAGGCUGAGGGAAGAACUGGGAUUCAAGGCCUGGUAAGAAAUAUGGGUCUUGAGUGAGCGGCCGGGCCAGCCGACGGGAACCGGACUGAGAAGCUGUUCACACAGUGGGCUGAGGAUGAAUGCCAGAGGACUUGGAUCUCAGCUAAAGGACAGUGUUCCAGUUACUGAACUUUCAGCAAGUGGGCCUUUUGAAAGUCAUGAUCUUCUGCUGAAAGGUUUUUCUUGUGUGAAAAAUGAACUAUUACCAAGUCAUCCUCUUGAAUUAUCAGAAAAAAAUUUCCAGCUCAACAAAGAUAAAAUGAAUUUUUCCACACUCAAGAACAUCAAGGGUCUCUUUGCUUCUCUAAAAUUACAAAUGGAAUUCAAGGCAGUACAACAGGUUCAGCGUCUCCCAUUUCUCUCAAGCUCAAACUUUUCACUGGAUAUUUUGAGGGGUAAUGAAGAGACUAUCGGAUUUGAAGGCAUUCUCAAUGAUCCAUCACAAAGUGAACUCACGGGGGAACCACACUUGAUGGUGGAAUAUAAACUUGGCUUACUGUGAUACGCAUGUUGUUCAUGAACCAGAGGGGCUGCAUCUUGUGAUAGUUGUCUUUUGUUAUAGUUUGAUGUACACGACAUUAAAAGUACUGACACGGGAGAAUUUCUGCUUAAUAAUAUUAGUGACGAUUUGAAAUUAUUUGAGCCUUUGGAUUGUGGCUCUGCGACAGCUGAAAGCACUAAAGGUAGAUGAUUUCGAAGCUUCUAAUUUGUAGUAAAACAAUAGCCGUCCCUAUCUUUCAAAAACUGUUUCCAGUGAAUAUCAGAAAACUGUCCAGAGGUUCCAACUCACCUACUUUCUAGGUAUUCUAUCAAUUUAAUUUUAAAUGACCAUUAUCAGUAUUUGAGCCUACACACUUUGUGGUAGCAUCAGAAUAAAUAUAUAUACAGUAAUAUCUCGGUUCAUGAAUGCGAAAGUGUUUAGCAGAAUUUUACUUCUGUUCACAAACUCCACAUUCGAUGACAAACAGAGCCAUGGCCCCACAGAAACACAAAUGCAGCUAUCUUUUCCAAAAUCAUAGAACAAAUUAAGUGCAUAAACCAAGGUACCACUGUAAUUGAUUUCAGUGGCAGCACUUAAAAUUGAGUAUAGUAGAUGUUUGUUAUGUUUUGGUAUAGCUUAUUAGAAUAAUGUUUGCUAUAUUGAUUGUAUUUACAAUUAUAGCUCUACUUUGAUCCUGUCAUGUUGAAAAGUUCAGAGGUUUUGAUUUUGGUCUUAUCUUUAAAGUGGAAAAGCCACCAGCAGAUGUAGACUUAUGGCUGUACUACAUAAACUUAAUAUGUACUUACUUAAUUUAUUACCAGGCAACACUGUCAAAAUAAAACUCACUUUUCCUUAA